AUGACGAACUACAACAUCAUAAUCACCUCAGACGUCGUAUGCCCAUGGUGUUACAUUGGGCAUAGCAGGCUCUCCAAAGCCAUCGCCGAACACAAAAAGCAUUAUCCAGACGACAAGUUCCAGAUGAAAUACCUGCCUUUCUACCUGAACCCGCCUCCUCAACUCACGACCACCAACGGCCCAGUCCCGCCGCCGUUCCCCGUACAAUCGCGCCCGCGGAGGGAGAUGUACGCGGCCAAAUUCGGUGCGGAGCGGGCCAAGCAGCUGGAGGCCAUGAUGACACAGGUCGCGGCGGGCGAGGGUCUCAACUUCAAAUUCGGUGGCAUGACGGGCCCCAGUCGCAAUGGCCAUCGGCUGGUCUAUUGGGCGCAGCACCAUGGCGGAGAGGAGGCCCAGAAUAAGGUCAUGCUGGGUCUGUGGAAACGCUAUUUCGAACAGGAGGUCGACAUCACCACCCUGGACACGCUCGUCGAGGUCGGUCUCGAAGCUGGUCUCGGCAGCAAGGAGCAAAUCAAGGAGUACUUGGAAAGCGGGAAGGAUGGAGAGGAGGUCGAUAGAAUAGCGGAAGAGGCAAGGUUGAAAGGCAUCAGCGGCGUUCCGCACUACGAGAUCAACGAGCGCUGGGAAGUCAGUGGUGCUCAAGAGCCGUCGGCCUUUACGAGGUUGUUUCAGCGCUGGAAGGAUCUGGAGGCAAAGGGCCAGGUCGCUGGCUCUGGGGCGAAUUCCACAAGCGGAGAUGGGUGCUAG